GUUUAACCACUGGGAGUUGAAAGGGGUUCCAUUGAGGUUAGAAAUUGGACCAAAAGAUUUGGAUCGUAACCAAAUGGUAGCUGUGCGGCGAGAUAAUGGAGAGAAACUAACUAUUCCCUUAGAGGGACGUACAAAAGAUGAUGGAGGAAACGAUAAGAUGGUUGUAAGAAUAACAGAAUUAUUAAAUCAAAUACAGCAAGAUAUGUACCUCAAAGCAGAACAGGAAAUGAAAGAAAAUGUUGUGAUAUGUCGUAAAUGGUCUGAGUGUGCUCCACAUUUAGCAGCAAAACGUUUAUUAUUGAUACCGUUUUGUGGACGACCCAUUUGCGAGGAUAAUAUCAAACGGGAUACCACAUUGGAUGAUGGUACUGCAGAAGUUGGAGCUUCAACAAUGGGAGCCAAGUCGUUAUGUGUGCCAUUUGAACAGCCUACGGGAGCAGAAAUAUUAAAAUCUAAUGAUCAGUGUUUACAUCCAGAAUGUGGGCAGUUGGCUGGGUCUUUUACCUUAUUUGGCCGCAGUUAUUAAAUUAUGAUGUUCACUAUAUAUAAAACUGAUUUUUGUGUGAAAAUUACAAAACUUAUGUUCAUGAUUAAAUACAUACCAUAAUUUGUAA